AUGGCGAGCAAGUCGACAACGUCACAGUGGACAGAGCCUACCUCGUGGAAGUGCUCACAGUGCAAACAAGCGGUGAAGCUUUCGGCGAACUAUUGCCCAAACUGCGGGGGACACUGGCAGAAGUGUGCAGCCAAGGAGCAGUCGUACGCCCAGUGGAGAAGACAGCCGUUCCAAGAAGCCAAGGGCAAAGGCAAACAGAGCGGUGCCAAAGGCGUGCGGAAAGAAGGGGAGGAGACUACAUCAGCGCCAGCGAUUGCAGCCUUACCUGCCCCACCCACUUCGUCCAAAGUGCAGCUCCCCAAGCAGGGAAUGGCAGAGGGAGGUGGGGAGGAUCGCAAGCUGAUCGAACAGAUUCUGAGGCAUGUCGAUGUAGGUGCUCUUCCUCAAUCGCUACAAGAGCAAGUGGGACAUCUGGCGAGUCAAGAUCCCAAGAAUCAGGCCAAACGUCUGCACAAGAUGGUCGCCAUCAAGACGUCGGCCUUGCAGGGACUAAAAAAGGUCAGGGAAGAUAUGCUGGCCUUCAACACCGCUUGGGAGAAGUAUUCCACGGAUCUCCUGCAGUUGUGGCAGGAACAGACGAAGGAAAGGCAAGAGAAGAUGCUGGCGUUCCAUCAAGCCGAAAGGGAGUGGAUUGCCCAGCUGACCUCCGCAACUCAAGCACUGCAACAAGCCAUCCGGGAAUCGCCUGGGGCGCUAGAAGAAGAUCAGGAGAUGGAAGUCUCAGAAGCUCAAGUCAACGAAGCCUUGGCGGCAGAGCAAGACCUUCGCACGCUGCAGCAAGAACAUCAGCAGAAGAUGGAGGAGCAGGCGCGUCAAGUGGCCCAGUUGCUCGAGGCCACCCAGACGACGGCGAGGGAAGUGGCAAGUUGGCAGCUUUGGCGCCUCCAGCCGGGGGAACAGCUGCACAAAAAGGAGUGCCUGCACCAGCUUCUGGUGGGCAGUCUUUUUGAGAAGCUCAUGUACGAGCUGGACUUCGUGGGUACCUGGAAGGCGGCUUUGAUUGCGGUCAAUCUGUCGUUUGAGCUGGCCCUUCCGGAAAGUAUUGCAUCUAAUUUUCCCUUGGCUGCUGAUCCGCGUAUUGUUGACGCGGUGGAGCAAUCUGUACAUAGUUUUGAGUUAGACUGUCAGCCCCGUGUGUGCACAUUUGAUUGCCAACGAGGUGUUGCUGGCUUUCCUUUCCCAGAAUCGGGAGAUAGGGCUAGUUUGUGCUUCCCUGCUCUCCACCGCCACCACCAUGUGCUUCCCCUCCAUGUCUCCUUCCAACUUCCGGAGCUGUCGAGGGUUGAUUGUUCCUCAACGUCGUGGCGGAACAAGUGGAAUAGGCAAUUCAACCGUUGCAUUGCUGAGAACAUCGGCAACUCGGCCUUGAUUGCCCCCGUGUCAGCAGAAUGCCCACUUGGAGGCAACUUUUCAGACGGUCCACGCUUUGCACAUCCAUUUGGCCGUGCCUCAAAGGCCGAAUGGACGAAUGCGGGGGUGUGCACUCUAAAUCGCGGCUUUCUUGGCCUGCUCGACCGGUCUUGCAGUGGUGACGCACAUACUAAGGUUGAGGAAGACCAUCUGCCGCCUACUGAAUCCGGUGUCGACAGCUUCCCGCUCCUCAUGACAUGGCCUAGGCUGUUUCAUGUGCCGACACUACCACCCUAUGUAGGUGAACGCACGGUUCUCUUGGGACCUGAUGCCUGCCAACAGCCUCUCCACCCGGAUGGCCUCUGGUUCCCCGACUGUUGGAUGCCAGAGGACCUGCAGACCCUUGCUGAAAUAGGCGCACAGGCAGGCAGGUAUGCCUUUUUCGACACAGUCGAUCACAUUAGAACCGGCCCCUUUGAAGCAUCCUGGGGAAUUGUGGACGCUAUCCAGGAUGCUCUGCAUAAGACAAGAGCGGGGCCUAUAGGGCACAUCCGCGUUCUGCAGCUGCCGUUUGCCGGGCUGCCACGAUUGCAGAUAGUUCUGGUGCCAGCGGGUACUGCGCCCGACUGGACUGCUUUGCCAAUUGACAUGCGCGCCGCUGUUGGCUCUUUCUGCACCGUAAUGGUGCCGAUUGCUGCAACUUGCUUUGCCCACAUCUACCAAGCUACACUUGCCUGCCCAGCAGUGCCAUCUGCAGCGCACAGGUUUGUUGCUAGGGGUUUUUGGAGGGUUCUUAGGGUUGACGGGACGCCCGUUUCGCCUUUCGAUGCAUCCAUCCUGGAUGAAGAUGCCACUUUAGUAGUGGAAGUACAAGCAACUGCUCCGCCGACUCCCUCCACUUCGUCAGCCUCCGCCUCUAGUGGAAAUAGCAGCACUACGGCCACAGAAGGAUCUGACUCCUUCGGAAGAUGCCUUCCCUUUCAUGUGCUCUACCGGCCAGACGAACACGAUGAGCACAUUCUUGUUGCCUUUCAUGCAGUGGGCCACAUGCCGUGGACAGCACACUUCGACAGACUAGUCACGCCCGAGGUGCUAGUCAGGCAUGUUGCAAGCCGGCUUGGGGGAUCCUCCGGUAUUAACGCAUGGAGGAUUGUCUUCCCACCCAGACAGCCUGUCUUUGUUGGAGUGCAUGGGCAUGUUCUUGCGUUACCCUCUGGGAGUGACAGGACCAAGCCCUUCCUCUUUGACAUGAGACGGAUCUUUGGGCCACACCUCCAUUGCAUACGGCUGAUAGAGGCCACCCCGGGACAGGAUGGGGAUGUACAUGGCCUGGCCAGCGCUGCUGAGGCUUUCCUGAUCCAGUCAGGCCUUGUUGCACCGCCAACUGUGUAUCACAACACGGCCAAUCGUGCUGCUGCCACGGUUGUACCUGCACUUGACGGAGCAGUCUGUGUGGUUGAAGACACGCUUCAUAUUGCGCUACAGAUUCCGGGGCUUAGGCAAUCUGCUUUGGCCUAUCAGGGUAAUAACACCAAUGAAGGGACUCUCACUUCAACCACUACCACCUCCACUAGUCGUGUUGAAGACCCCUUCCAGUUUGUGGUGCAUACACCGCGCAGGACCAUUGCGCGUUUGGGGAUUCCGAACGGCCUACCCAGGGGUACCAUCGUUGAAGUCGCGCUGGAUUGGGAUGUUGAUCUGCCCACGAUCUUGCAUAUGCUCGUCCAGAAAGCGGCAGACGAACAGGUACUCCCCCUGGGACUCUCAAUCGAGGCUUCGCCUGUGCAGCCAGAACCGAGAGCAUCGUGCAGAGAGCUAUUGUUCUUCCUGACUGCACCCCAAACCAGGGUUGAACCCAUCUAUGUCUGGGUAGAUGCGCGACCCACUGCUGAACUUGCCUUUUUGCAGGUCGGACAGUUCGCAGGGCCCGAGUCGAUUCUAGCACCCGGGACAAACAUACGGGCACUCUACUUCAAUGGUCACAGGUGGGAUGCCCCAGGCGAGAUGCGUCAUGGUGGCCUAGUUUCAGCCUCCAUUGUGCCCCAAGCUCCUGAUGUGCGUUUGCCGGACCAGUUGGCUUCGGCAAUUCCAGGCAUACAGGCUGCCUUCUUUCCCUUACCAAUCCCGUCCGGCAUCAGCAGACGCCCCCGUUGGGCCUCGAGUCAAACGGAUCACUCUUCCUUCCAUUGGGAUAGUGCGGUGGGUGCCCGACUUAGAUCGCUGGGGUUUAUAAGGGGAAGUGUCUUCUUCACUGUUGUGGGGCAGGGUUUCGCCUACACUGCCUCGUUGGGAAGAGAGCGGCCUUCACUUGAAGCUGUGGCUGAAUGGGUUGAGACCUGGCUGGGCAGUAGAUAUGGUUCUUUGCAGCUCUUUGACACGCGCACCCAGCACACUGGAAGGUGGACCUUUGUUGCGGUGCCUGGUCUCAUGGACCCCCGCACCCACUACAUCCUGCUUUCCUCGCGGGGGCCCGACCUUGCUGCCUUUCAGGUGGAGCAUGGUCUGGGGUGGAGCGCUGUAACCAGGCUUAUUCCUUGGACGCUGCCGCUGUCAGGAAGCCCUGUUCCGGGUGCUUCUUACUAUGCUGAUUUCUGGCCGCCUUGUGAUUCGGAGCAUUCUAUCUUUCUGCACCCCCAUGCUCCACCCCAGGAGCGGGAUGGCGUCAGAGAGGAAACCCAAGGUGGCAGGUGGAGACGGAGGCGCUUCCAACAGAUGUCCGGCACAGAGGCACAUAGUGAUACUGGAGCCGCGAGUUCUACAACAACUACUACCCUCAUGAGGGCCACUAGCCGCACUCAUACCACCACUCUGCCUCUCGCACCGUCAGGACAGUUGGUCCUGACUCUGGUUUCUGGAACUGCCAUUGCGUGCCGUCCCAUACAGGGCACCAGCAUCCAUGACUUGGCAGAAGAUGUAGCCGAGGCUGCCAUGGCCCAUAUCGUGCACGGGAGAGCUCCUGGCCAGGGGAGCUUUCGCCUAGCACAGGUAAUGCCUCACCACUCCAUGCAGCUCGUUGAAGUUCUGAUGGUUUGGAGUCCCUUUGAUUUCGCCACCCAAGUGGUUGUUGAUCUUCGGGGCGUUGGGGGUGGCCUAAGGCAGCAUGCAGUAGAUACCGAUCAGGAUCCUGUAUCGCUGAUCGACGCCCAACUUAGGCAGGCAGGUGUGCACAUCUGGAUCAAUGGCAUCCCUAGCCAAUGUUUCUGUGGGUUACUGCAAGACGGAGACCUGAUCACAGCCUCAUGGCAUGCCUUGUCUGCGCCGAUUUUGACUAGAGCAUCGGUUUUCCGAAGAUGGAACAACUUGGCUCUCCUUGCGAUUGAGACCAGUUCGCUUGUGCUACAGGAGCUGCCGCAAGACCAGACGCAGGCAUCCCUCCAAGUACAUCGGCAUAUUAUAGACUGGCUUGAAAACACUGCGAUUCGACUUGGCUUUUGGCUGUCGCCACAACGACAGGCCUUUGUGUUUAACAGAGUCAGAGGAGAAAUUAUGAUCUGCGUGCAAGGCAGAUUGCCGGCCAGUGCUGCCCAAAUUACCGAAGCGUUGGCCUUGCUUGAUACUUGGAGGGAUAUUAGGGAUCUAGUGGAUACUCGCAUCAUGGCACUUGAUUCGGCAGUCUUUGUGGCCAGAGAUGCCUUUGAAAGGAACCAGUGCUGGCAUCUGGUGCCGGCAUCUGCUUUCCCGCUCACCUUUCUGCUCUGGCCAGUCACGACUGACAAUAUCCACACGGCGUCCCAUUUCCCUGCUCCCGCAGGCCUGGAGGUCCUGUCAGUUGGCCAUCCACAACACGCCACUGUCCAGAGGUAUCACAGGCCGCCUAGGCAAGGGACGAGCCUUGUUCACAUACGCACGUCAAGCAAGCACAGGACUUCGCCUUGCGCGGCGAUGGAGGGUAGCGCAAGUGAAGCCAGGCUCAAGCUUUGCUGGAGUGAUUUCGGUAUUGAGCAGGUCAGGGCCCCUAGUCUUUCUCACGAAGAUACAUGGGCUGCCCGGGUUCCACCUGCGACUGACUUCUCACAAAUUGGUGCAUGUAAGGUCUCGCAUUUUGCCUCCGGGAGGGGUAGUCCCCUUGCUUUGUUGCCGGCCUCGUUUGAUGAACUUAUCGACAGAGCGUUCCUGGCUGGCAUCAACAGUGCCCUGUCCUUCAGUGACCACCCGCUUCGGCGAUACACUGUCUUUGAUGUGCAUAGGCAUGCUCAUGUGCGUUACCUUGAUCCCAGUGCGAGACUUGAGUUUGUUGUGGCUGAUAUUCUUCUAUCAGCCCCUGGCCCGGUACGUGAAGUCAGGCUACUUGAAAUGCCACUGUCCGGGUUUCCUACCCCGCAGUUCGCGGUCACUCUCACGGCUGCCUUCCCGGGGUGGAGGGCUAUGCCCUUUGAUGCGAGGGGGUUAGGCUUCGGGCUGUGUACCAUUGACAUUUGGCCGCGAGCGGAUUGGCAAGGGGUUGGGGCCGCCCUGGCUGAGAUGUGUCACACAGCGGCCAACUGUCAUGGGAUGGGGGCGGAUGUCAGCAGUAGGACCGUGGCCAACACCACCACUCGGCGAGCAGCAAGCGGCCAGCCGACGGACCCCCCGCCCCCCGACCUCGUCCCCCUGGAGGCAAUCAAAGCCACAGCCAGGCCUCCGCCUCCUCCUGUGCCAGAUCUCAGAGGAGAAGAGCCUGAGACUGAAGGAAAUCGAACUACUGAGGAGACACCAGUUGCUCCUUGCGCUGACUCGCAGGGAGGCUAUGCUACUGGGCAGGCUCCACCCCCAGCAGAGGCAGCGCCACCCCCGGAACGGUUGCCAGAAUCUGGAAGCGCUGCAAGCAGCUUACAAGGUCCUCAGUCGUCUUUGCAUACCCAGGCCAGAUGUAUUGUGCCCACCCCCUUUGGCAGAAGAUGCAUUGACCCUAUGGAAGUGCCUCCCAAACCAAUUGCACUUGCUGACGCCGUUCGGGUACCCACUCCGACUGUUGAACAGCUGCGAAACUGCCUUCAGGCAAUUUCGAUGCCGUGGUCAGGUUUUUGGGAAUGGCCGGCCAAGCUCUUGAGCGCUAAGCUUUGUCAGCAGGUUGCUCCUUGGGGAGGCAUGGAUGGACCUGUCCUUGCAUUUCACGUCUUCACAGAUGGCUCUGCCAAACACGGCAAAGGUGGAUGGGGAGCCGUGCUCUGUGUACAGACGGCCGAAGAUGUCUCCCUUCCUUUCCGGUUGGUUGGGGUUGCCGGGGGGCCCACGGGCAAACUGUUCCCUCUGGAUGAGUCCCUCGCCCAAACCAACAAUACGGCUGAGGCACAGGCUCUUCUUGUGGCCUCCCUGUUCGCCUUCUCUGCCGGCAAGAUCCCAGUCCACUUGCAUGGAGAUUCUUGCAUCACUUUAGGAGAAGCGGCGGGUUGGUCCAACACCAUACGGCCCAAAGAAGGUGGUGAGCCACUCCUGCACGACGCCCUGCGCAUGGUCACCCACUGUCUUCUGGAACGAGGGAUAUCGCUGCAGCAUCAUUGGGUCAAGGGUCACUCGGGCCUCCUCUGGAAUGAAAUUGCCGAUAGGAUCGCAGACGCAGGGCGAAGAGAAAAAUUGGCCUCCGUACCCUUCCUCAGGCAUCCGCUAUUGCCAUGGGCUUGGCUGGCACACACGGGUGCAGGCCUUCCAAGUCUGGACCAGCUUUGUCAAGGCCAGUAUGAGCAGGUAGACGUGCCGACUGCCGAUGACCUUCAUUCAAUCCUCCGGGAUGUGCAUUGCAAGGCACCUGUUGGCCAGAAACCCUGUGUCCUGAAGCUGAUGACGGCCAAUGCUUGCACACUGACAGGCAAAAUUGCCUCGUUCAAACAACAGGGCCAGGAGCUGGGACUGCAUGUGGCUGCCUUCCAAGAGACAAGGUGCAAGGAAGGCCAGAUAAAUGGGGAGUGGAUUACGUUUCAUUCGGGAGCUCAUAAAGGGGGAGACGGGAUUGCUUUGUGGUUUAAUUCGGCUGCACAAUGGGGUAAAGGCAAGUCAAGAGUCCCUCUGCAGCCGGAGCACCUUUUCGUCCUCCGCAGCGAGCCCACACUCCUUAUGGUUGCUUGUCAACAUCCAGCCUGCCGUGCGCUUUUCGUGGCAUAUCGAGGCCCGCACAGCCUCAGACCAGCCGCUGAAAUUACCCAAUGGUGGGGUCGUCUGAGGACGAUCUUAACACCGCUUGCCGCCAAGUGGCAGUGUGUGCUACUGGGAGAUGCAAACGCCAAAUUGCAUCACACUUUCCUGCCACAUGUCGGUGACAUUGGAACUGGGGACCAAGAUUUGGCGGGCGACCUGCUUGCAGAUCUCGCAUCCAAGCUAGAGCUUUGUGUGCUGAAUACACACUCACAUGUGCUACAAGAGGUCUCCCCCUACACCUGGAAGCAGACCAGGUUGGACUACAUUGCUGUUCCUGCUGCGUGGGGAGCUGACGCGUGGUCCCAACCUGGAACGGACUUUGAUCUGCUCAACCCGCGCGAUGAUCAUGUACCGGUCAUCAUUCACUGCAGGAUACAGCCUGCGCAAAGCGUCUCUUGUCCUCCAGCACGACGCACCUUCAGAAGAUUGCCUCCGGAGGCUUAUGAUAGGGCGCUUGAUGCCGCUGCUUCCAUUCAACUGCCAUGGGAAGUCAGUGUUCAUGAGCACACCGAGGCCUUUCUGCACACCGCCAGGCAGAGCCUUGAAGCCUCGAUCAAGGCUCAGCCCAAAUGCCCUCGCAAGCCCUAUGUGAGCAGCGAAGCAGUUGAAAGGAUUGCCCAGAAACGCUGCGCUGUCAAGCAAGUCCAAGCCGCCAGGAAACGACUUGACCAGAGCAGGUUGCGCUCCUUUUUUGCGCAUUGCAAGAGAAAGAGAAGUGCACAAGCUAUGCGCACUAUCAAGCUUGAUAGAUUUGUAGUGGCCAUUUGGGAGCAUGUCAUUGCCCUAGCCAACUAUAAUGUGCGCACUCAGCUUGCAGCGGAUCGCAAUGCGUACAUUCAUAGGUUAGUUGCUGACAUCCAAGAGGGCACAGCAAGCAAAAAGGCGCAGACUGUCUACGCCGCGCUUAAACACAUCCGGCCGGCCUCCAAACGGGUGCUAUGGGGCCCACUGUGGAUGCUUAACGGAGCAGACGGAGAAGCGGUGCACACAUUUGCCGAAGCACAAGGGGUCAGGGCGACGCACUUUGGAGGUCUAGAGGCAGCUAGACCUGUAUGUGCUUCCUCCAUAGGGUCCCAUUACCUGGAGGUUCCGCAGAAGGCAGUCUUUCGCAUUCAGGACCUUCCCACGCUUCUUGAUCUUGAAAAGGCCCUGAGAGAUCUCCCCAAAAGGAAAGCCCCUGGAGUCUCAGGACUGCCUAACGAGGUGUGGUUGUGCAGUGCCGCAAAAGCAGCGCGCAUCUGGCUGCCUCUGCUUUUAAAAUCGCAUUUGCGCCUCACCGAGCCCUUGCUUUCCACACUCUACAAAGGCAAAGGAGCAGUGACUGAUGUCGAGAGUCAUCGCUCAAUCUACCUCAUGGAGGGGGUAGGCAAAGCCCUUCGCAAGUUGCUGCGGCCACAUUUGGUCGAAUCCCUUGCUGGGCAGAAGCCGGCCCUGCUGCAAGGCAGCACCCCUCACAGCUCAUCAGCGCAGCUCACGCAUUAUCUUCUCACGCUUGCAGCACUGUCGAAGAGCAAGGGAUACUGCUGCGCUCUCCUUUUCGUGGAUGCGAAAUCAGCGUUCUACAGGGUCUUGCGAGAGCGCUUGGUCAAGCUGCCGAGCUGUGACGAUGAACUUUGCAGCAUACUUGAGCAGCUGGAAAUCUCCAAAGAGGCGUAUGAUGGGGUUAUGGCAUGGAUGAAAGGGGACACUCUGCUCACGGGCGUGGCUCCCCAUAUCAGACGCAUUGUUGCCUCCUGGUUUGCCUGCCCCAAUUUUGUCCUAAGAGGCCUGCCAUGUGCCUUCCGCUCUCGUGCCGGCACGCGUCCGGGUGAUGCCAUGGCUGAUGUUCUCUUCGCAUUUGUGCUUUGCGAUGCCAUGGCAGAGAUCUCCAGUAGGCUGGAGGCUGAGGAUCUUCUCAGUGGUCCGCAAUGCUCACCAGCCCAGCAGCCCACUUGGGCAGAUGACGUGUGCAUACCGGUCUGCUCCAAUGAGGCUGCCAGGCUCCCAACCAGGCUGAGCAAGGUAUGCGCCAUCAUGCACACGGCCUAUACCAGGAGAGGUCUUGCUCCGAACUAUGCCAGGGGCAAGACAGAAGCGGUCAUCUUCUGGACUGGAAAGGGCAGCCAGGCUAUGAAGAAACAGCUCCUGCACGACCGACAUGUCAUCAAAGUCCAGUCCGAUCCAAACUGCCAUCUGGAUCUGGCCGUGGUUCACAGGUACACACACCUCGGGACACUCGUUUCGGCGCAGCUGUCAUCAAAGGCGGAUUUUGCUGCUAAGCUGGCUCAUGGUGUCCAGGCGGCCGCCCCUUUGACGAAACAAGUACUGCGCAAUCCAGCCAUCCCUCUCAAGGGCAGGUGUCAGCUCCUGGAGGCCCUGGCUCUUUCAUCUGCCUCACACAAUGUAGGAGUAUGGGUGCCUGAUGCAGCGUCACUGGACAGAUGGGAGAAGGGCAUCUCGGUCAUGUACCGCAUGCUUCUACCGGAGGAUAGGUGGGAUCAUCACCCGGCCUACCCAGGCACUCCAGAGUUGGCGGGAGCACUCUGCCGUCCAGCACCAGCUGCCCUCUUGCUCGUAGAACGGGUCAGGCAUCUCUUGAGGAUUGUGCGGGAUGACAACCGGUUCUUAUGGGAGCUACUCCUGGAGCAUGCAGCUCAAACGGAUGACUCGUGGAUUCACCAAAUCCAUCGAGACUUGGCCUUUCUAGCCAAGUGGGCGCCUGGCGUCAUCAACGAGCAGACUGUCAGGAGUGCUUGUGCUUCUGCGGAUGGCCUGUUAAGCCUCGCGUCCGAGCACGCAACAGUUGUCACCAGAGCGCUGAAGCUUGCUGUCAGGGCCCAUACAAACAGCUUGGGCAAGUGGGCUGCCUUCCAGGUGAGAGCAAGAAGGGAAGGAAUUGCCAGGGUGGACAAGAGUCCACCGCCUACCUUAGCUGGCGACUUUGCUUGUUGGCUCUGUGAGGCUACUUUUCCAUCCACCUCACACUUGGCCGCCCAUGUCCAAUGCCAACAUGACCACACCAAUAUCGCCAGGCCCUUUGCUAGCGGCUCGACUUGCAAAGCGUGCCUGCGCAACUACUGGGGCACUGAAAGGUUGUGCCGUCACUUGGCGCACGGCCACACGGGUUGCCUCCCUUUCUUGCUCGCCACGAUGCAACCGUGCAGUGAUACUGACUGGACGCCCUCUCCAGGUCCGGCAUCUCACUGGCCAGUGAUCCGUGUCCAAGGGCCAUUAAGGCCUAGAAGGGAAGCUGAUACUGCUGCAUUGUGCGCUUCUCUGCUGGAGUUGGAGGGAUGGGAAGUGCAAGCAUUGCUGCCGAGCUUAAAAAAAUUCGAUGACACCGUUUUUGAUGUAGCCAACAUUCUUGUACAACAUUUCCCGGUGAAUAGAGCCCCCGUUCAAAUGGCGGAUUUUCUGCCAGACGGGAAGGUUCUCAUCGACCGUUGGCUUUCCGGAUGA